GCCCUAAAACUCAGCCCAGUUCACCAAACCAAAACCGAAUUCUGCAAAUCCCCGUUCUCAUUCGAUCCGAUCAAAAGUUUCAAUCUUCAAUUCUCUCCUUUAUCAAGAGAUCAGAAAGAUGGAUAGUGAAAUUAAGAAUAUCAAGAAGUGGAACAUAAUGUAUCCAAUUUAUAUAAAUUCAAAGAAGACAAUAGCUGAAGGAAGGAGAAUUUGCGUGACAAAAGCAUGUGAAAACCCUACUGUUACCGAGAUUAGUGAUUGCUGCAACUACCUCAAAAUCCCUUGUGCUAUCGAGCUUGAUAAGGCAUAUCCGCGAGAUUUUAUGCAAAGAGGAAGAGUGAGAGUUUUGUUGAAGCAGGAAGAUGGAACCCUUUACAAUCCUGCCAUUUCUUCCCGGAAACAACUGAUGAUCCAUGUUGCAGAGUUGGUCCGGAGACAUCCUAAUAGGACUAAGAAGCAGGAGCCUGCAUCCUCUUCUGCAGCUGGUUCUUCAAAAUCUGGGAAGGGGGGUAAAAAGAAGAGAUAGUUUCAGGAGGCAAUGUUUCAAUUUCUUCGGACCGUUUGGAGAUCUUAGAUUUGUUUUUUCUCGGAAUAGUGUUGUUCUUUCUUCUCGACUUGAUUUUGCGAGAUGUUGCAAAGUAAGAAGAAGGGACGGAUGAGCUAUCCAAGAAUGUAUCAAAUGUACUUGUACCAUCGAUUGAGAAUUUGGGACAUUUUUGUUGUUUUUUUGGCCGAACUUAGCCUUUUGGUGAUUGUUAAUAUUUGCGCUAGAUUACAACUACGGUAUCAUCCCAAAUUAGUUGGGGAAGACGAUAUGCGUCAAUCUGAUGAUUUGAGUGUUCAUUAUCCAUUCUC